AUGGUUGCAUACUAUAAGGCGAAGCUUACAGAUGUCAUACCGGUGGUUGCACGUCUGUUCCGCUAUUUCAAGGCUCAUAUCGAAGAUGCCUGGAACGGUGAGGCAACAUGGCUGUACACCAUAGCCACUUAUCUGCAAUGGUGGGAGAAUCACAAGGUCUGGCUCUACACCGAGGACCAGAGAGAUUGGGAAAUCAGGAGAAAAUAUGGAAUGACAGUUGACAAGGAGAUGUUGAUGGACGAUGGUUGGAUCAAAGCUAGCCAGGUAGCUGCCGAUAUCAUCGGGGUCGCUCCUGUCCAUUUGAAGCACGCAGCCCUUUUCCGAGCUCUCUUGAGAGGUAGGCACGCUGACGACUACGCGCACUUGCAUCUGCACAACGAAGAUAUCGACACAAACUGCCGAGACAGCUGCGGCAACUCGUUCCUGGGCGCAGCAGCAGCAUUUGGAUCAGAAGACAUCUGCAGAAUGAUGCUGACACGUCCUGGAGCGAAUCUCAAUCUUGCGUUCAGUGAUGGACUCAGUCUCAUGCACAUUGCGGUAGUACGCGAAAACGGCGCAAUGAUCAAGCAGUUGGCCUCCGGCCUCAACCUGGACACCAAGGCGACUUGGAAUGUUGGAGACCUCAACUUUGCUAACAACAACCGAAAGGCCAAACCAAGAGCACCAUACUGGUCUCAAUACGACAAACGGGAAAACUGGCGCCCCAAGUCCCACAGGGGAAAGAAAUCCCGAGGCUCCCUCAAGAUGGCCUGGACAGCUGUUGAGAUGGCAAAACGGCGAUGCCGUGAGAAUGCAGAUCUGCAGUCCCUGUAUGAGCCACUUUUUGAUGCUGCUAGGCACGCUCACGACAAGAAGCCGUCUCUCACGAAACGAUCACGAAAGCGACGUGGCUAA